AUGCACGGGCACAUGCCACCACAGCAGCAUCCGGGAAUGCACCCGCCACAUCAACCACCACCGCAUCUCACGCAUUUGACUAAUAUGCCGCCCCAUAGCAUCCAGCGCGACCAUCCCGUUAAUAGACUGAACAACGCUCGCCAUCAUCAUCCACGCGGUGUCGAUCAUCAAGCACCCGGCAUGGCACCGCACCUUCCGAUCCAGGUUCCGCCACCACCACAUCAGCCGCAUCAGUCACAGAACGCCCGAAAGCCGCCAGGUCCGCCGUACUUCCUUAAUGGUACGAUUCAUGGCGGUUUGCCUAAACCACUACCCCUGACAUCACCUCAUCUGCAUCCUUCGCCACCGGGACUGGGUGUUGGGCAGCCGCCACAGCCUCUUCCACCCCAGCAUCAACACCCAGGCACGAUGCCACUGCCGUCGGUCGUCAGUGGUAACCAUCCUGCAGGUCCUGGCGGGAAGUUACCGUAUGGUAUGGGUGGCGGACCAGGCGGCAAUACCACCAACGCAAUGGGACAGCACCAGCCGCCAGUGUCCGUACAUGUUUCGGUACCGAUGACUAGCGGUCCUGGACAAGCACCACCGCCGAUACCGGUAGUAUCUGCGGCAACAUCGGCUGGAAUGAAGACGCGGCACAUCCCGUCGAGCACGGACCACAAAAAUCACCAUCACGGCCAUAGCACAGUGCAAACAAAUGGCAACAGCGGUCCAGGUUCGAAGGGAACGCACCAUCAAACGAGCCAGUCAGGAUUGGCGAUGGAUAAGACGAAAUCGAUCGGGGGAAUCUGUCCCAGUGGAGGCAACAGGCAUCAUCACAAUCACCAUCACAACUCGCAACAACAGCAGCAACAUUUGCAUCAGCCACAUCAUCCACAGCAGCAUCAGCAGCAGCAACAGCAGAUCACAAAUGAUAGUCCGCUUCCGAAAGACUCGUCUGCAACAAUUGCCAACAACGUGAGUGCAUUGAGUGCCGCACCGACGGUUGCAAGCGUUGCACCAGUGAUGACGACUCAAACAGAAGCAUCCUCUACUACCGCUGUGAAUGGUGGCGCCUUGUCCACGGUGGUACCGAGUGAGUCCAACGCUGUCGGAUCAUCGCAACCGGCGGUAUCAUCGGAAUCGAUAGAAGCCUUGGCAAACAUUAAAGAGAAAACGACUAUGUGUUUAGUUAACGAACUAGCGCGGUAUAACAAAAUCCAGCACCAAUACCGCUUAACUGGAGAGUCCGGGCCGGCUCACAAGAAGCACUUUACGGUCACGUUGAAGCUUGGCGACGAGGAAUACACAGCAGAGGGUGCGAGUAUUAAGAAAGCACAGCACAAAGCUGCCGGCGACGCGAUUGCGGCCACCAAAUACAAGCACCCUCCGGCCCGGACGAACCGACGCACUAAAACCGGCACUAAGGGCAACGUAAGUAGCUUUACUCCUACGGUCGAGUUGAACGCCCUUGCCAUGAAACGUGGCGAACCGACGGUCUACCAGGUGAAGGCGGUCCCGGUACCGGUGUCUAGGUAUGGCCCCACCAAUGCUGUAAACGGUGGCACCGGCACCCAAACGGCAGGCGCGGGACGACGGUCGGUAGAUGACAAGCUUUCAUCGGGCGUUGGACAUCCACCCGGUAUGGGGUACGGCGGCGCUGGAAGAUACGAUCUUGAUGGAACCGGUACCGGUGCACCGAAGGUAAUGGUCGCGGGAGGAAGGUACUGGUGCCGAAUGGACGGAUCUACUGGUCAUGCGGCUGGUGUUGGCGGACGUGGAGGCAUAGGUGGAUUUCAUCCGGGACACCAGCAGCAGCAACAGCAACAGCAGCAACCACAGCAGCAUCAUCAUUUGCGCGACGAUCAUCAACAUCGGCAACACACGGCUCACCACUACCAUCCUAACGAUGGGUACGGUGGGCACGGAUCGUCCGGCACAAUGGCCGCAGUACAGGAAUUUUACAAAGCCACCUUACGCGUGGGCGAGCGAACGUUUCUCGGGGAAGGUCACACACCACAGGCCGCUCGUCAUGAUGCUGCUGCUCGCGCCCUAGAGGUACUUAAACCACUGACGGCAGAAGGCGCUGAUGGGAAGGGCAAGUCGGGCGAGGCGCUUUCCAACGGUGACGGGAGCUCUGGUGAUGAUGAAUCGCCGGCCGAUUCCGGUGAUCCAAAUGCAGAACUCAAAUCACCAAUUUCUCUAGUGCACGAGAUCGCAGUGCAACGCAGUCUGUCGGUCGUGUUCGAGGUAAUCAGCGAGAAAGGGCCACCGCACAUGACUGUGUUCGUUACGCAAUGCAAGGUGGGCACGAUUUUGACUGAGGGUGAAGGUACCGGCAAGAAGUUGUCCAAAAAGCGGGCUGCCGAAAAAAUGCUAGAGGAACUGCGUAAAUUACAGAAAGCCGAACAACAAUCGUACGCCUCGCCUUGGGGUGACGGUAAUGCGGGCUCGCAGGGAGCUGAAAAGCGCAAAUCCGGUCCGAAAGCGAGCGCAAUUGUAGACGGUGCCACGGCGAAGAAGAAGGUGCGCAAUUUGAUUAAGGAGAAAUCCCUGGCUGAUGUGUCGGAAAAGGAGAACCCCAUUUCUCGGUUAAUGCAGAUACAGCAAGCCCGAAAAGAGAAACAGCCUGUCUACACGCUGGUGGAGAACGACAAACCCAACGUUGGUCGCCGCCGGCAAUUCACGAUCGAGGUUAACGCCGGUGGUCGGCAGGCGACCGGUGUUGGCAUGACGAAAAAAGCCGCCAAAUGGAGCGCGGCCGAAGCGCUGCUGGUGGAGCUGGGCUAUGCUCCGGAGACAAAGGUUGCAUCAGCGAAUGUAACAGCGUCCGAUGGUUCGGCGAACAAAGAGAAUCAAUCUAGCGCCGCAAAUGACUUAUCUCCACCAGGUGGAAAACGAUCACGAAAGGUGAAGUUCCAGGAUGAGCCAGCAAACGGCGUGUCGGCGGCAAACAGGACAACCGCGAGCGCACAUCCAAUUGCUGCCAAUCAAGGCAAAGGUGAAUGUGCAAAUGAAUCUAUGAAUGACAGCAUCGCCUCGAAUGACAGCAUGGGAACGAAUAGCUCGGGAGUGUCUAGCGCUUCGUCUGCAGUACCGAAGCCUGAUAUGGGCGCCAAAAAAGAACAGCUUCUGUAUCUGGCCCAGCUCUUGAAGUUUGAGGUUCAAUUUUCAGACUUUCCGAAGGGUAACCACGGCGAAUAUCUCACUCUAGUAAUUCUGUCAACGGAGCCACCACAGCUGUGCCAUGGUAGUGGAGCAAGCCUUCAGGAAUCCCAUGACGAAGCAGCUCGUGGUGCUUUAGAGAUCCUGUCCAAGAUCGGUCUGGACAACGUGAAACCUAAAGCUCCAGCAAACAGCACCAUAGACGACACGGUCACUAAACCAUCGGCAACAGCGACGGUGCCGUCUUCUGGAACAACGAACAGUAAAUAGGCGGCAGACUGCGGUUGAUAAUUACAACAGUGUUAACAGGAU